AUGUUGUUUAAGCGCUUCAAUGUGGUUCCUGUUGGUCCCGAUUCUGGCGAAGCAUCUAUUCGGGCUAAGGGAGGAAUUGCGGAGGUACGCUUCGGGUUGAGUGGAGGAUCCCAGUAUCCGCUGCCAAGAAUGAUGGCCAAACUGCGCUGUAGUCUCCUCACCGAGGGGGACCUUGAUAAUUGCAUCCUUCUGCGUGUACUUAAAGGUGGCACUGAGGCUGUCGUUACAGUUUUUCUCCCAGAUGCUGGGGAAUUCGGUCUCGAAAUCUACGCCUGCGAUCCAGAGAGGGACGGCUCAUCUUACUAUGUGAUAUGGCAGUAUCUCAUAAUUACUGAGAUGGCUUCUCAAGUAAGAGGUGUUCCUAAUCUCCCUAUUGGUUAUCUGGGUCCUGCAGCGCGGUUCUAUGAAUUGGGACUUCAAGUAGGCAGUCAUCCAGAUCCCUUGAUUAAAGCUGAUGCCUCUGAAAUACGGAUACAGUUUGCCUAUCAGCCACAACGUCCUCUCAAAAUGAUGGCUCAACUUAUCUUCUCAUCCAAUAACACUUCUGAGGACUAUUCACAAAUGGUGCUGCAACAAAUGCGAAUGGGCCAAGUGUUCUUCAUCGUACGUAUACCACGGUUAGGUUUUUUCAAGCUGCAAAUCUAUGCGCUGCCAGAGGGUGAUCGGGAUGAUUCUCUUCCUGGAGUCUACAAUUAUCUUAUUGAGGCGGCUAAAACUACUCAUCGUUUGAGAGGUCAGCUAAUGCCCUUCCCGCAACAAUUUGCUCAUUGGCGUCGCAGUGGGUGCUACCUGGACUCCCCAACGGAAGGUAUACUAGGUGUGAAUGAAAACGGCCGAUUGAUGAGUACCCCGCCUCCUGAAAUCAACUUCUCCUUGGCUGUUCCAUCGGCUCAUGCAGUGGCGGUAGUUGUUGAUGAAGACUGGACGUAUUUGGAGGCGCGCGGAGAUCGUUGGGAGGGUGCAGUAAACAUGCUGCCUCACUGGAGACGUCAAUCUCGACUUGCCGUGUGUGCCUCCUACUCAUCAGAGUCUGAUGCCAACUUCAGCACUCUGUUGGAGUAUGCUUUGGCUCAAUAA